CAGGCGCCACCGUGGAGCGGCUCAAAGAAAGUCGAGAGGAUCGCAGGCGUGCGUCCCGCCUGGCCGGGACGUCGCUUCUGCGGACGCCUCGGAAGCGGCGGAAGCGACGCCGGAGACAGGUGAAAAAGAAAGUGAAGAAACAAAAAAAAAAGGAAUUCAAGAAGUCCAUAUCAAAAACAAAGAUCAAGGAGAUGGCCUCCUCAGGAAUCUACAAGCUGGACGAAGGGAAGCCUUCCAUGAGUAACAGCUUUCCGGCCAAACAUCUGGUGCGACCCCUGGAGGAAGGCCGAGGACACUGGGUUGUGGCUCGGAAAUGCAACAUCAAGAAGAAGCCCAAGCGAGUGCUUGAAGCACCAGCAGAAGAGCAGGAGAGCCAGAAGGUUUCUUUUGAGAACUUGGGAAAGAAAGGGGCUCGAUGGGAAAACCGAGGAGAGAGUCUAGAGCGUCGAGUCCUGGAUCGGGAUUUUCUGCUGAAGCACCACUGUGUCUCGAAGCCUUCAGAUCUGUGCACCAUCAACGUGAGUGGGCUGAAGAUUUCCAAGGCUAAGGAAAAGGAUUUCAAGCAUUUUCAGUCCGUGAUUUACAUCAAUGCCUCUGAAAACCACCUGCCUCUAGAGGCAUUUCACACCUUUCCGACCUUAAAGGAAUUGGAGCUCGCAUUUAAUGGCAUCAAAACAGUCUACGUGAAAUAUGGAGACUUUAGGUUCUUGGAAUUUCUGGACCUUUCCUUCAACAGCCUGACAGGGGAGGCGAUCUGUGACCUGGGGAUCCUGCCACACCUCCGCGUUCUGCUGCUCACGGGAAAUGGGCUCACCUCCCUGCCUGCCAACCUGGCUGUCGCGGAACAGGAGGCUUCCGUAACUUCGCUGACAAACAAGAGGUACAUCCUGAGGUUCCCAGCGCUGGAGACACUAAUGCUGGACGACAACAAACUCUCCAACCCCAACUGCUUUUCCAGCCUAGCCGGGCUCAGGAGACUGAAGAAGUUAAGCCUAGAGCAAAACAGGAUCUCCCGGAUCCCGUACCUGCAGCAGGUCCAGAUCCGCAGCAGCCCAGUGGACUGGGUGGACGUCAGGGGCAGUGCCCACAGUGGGUCCCAGUCCAUGCUGCACUCCAAGUCGUGGAGGUACGAGGCUGAAGAUGAGCAGCCAGAUUACACUGUACUGCCCAUGAAAAAAGAUGUUGACAGGACAGAGGUGGUGUUCACAUCUUACCCUGGAUUCUCAACCUCGGAGACAGCCAAAGUAUGUGCACUUCCUCCUAUAUUCGAGAUUCUCCCUGUGAAGUCGCUGAAGGCCAGGAACCAAACACUGGCCCCGCCCUUCCCGGAGCUGAGGUAUCUGAGCCUGGCCUACAACAAGAUCAGCAAGGAAGACGCCAUCCUGCCCGCGGCUCUCUUCCCGUCUCUCUGUGAGCUGGUCUUUCACAACAACCCGCUAGUGGCCCAUACUCGAGGCGCCCCUCCGUUGCUCAAAAGCUUCCUGCAGGAGCGUCUGGGGAUCCACCUGGUUCGAAGGAAGGUAGUGAAGAGCAAGCACCGCAUGACGAUGCCCCGGAAGAAGUCGCGGAAGGUGAAAACCCAGAUCCCGAAGGUGCCGAAGCAGCAGGUGGUCCUCCAUCACCAGGCCACGACGGACGGUUCCCCCUCUAAGGAGCUGCUGAGGCUACCGGAGGCGGGGCAGCCCGAGGAGCUGGGCAGGACCCGAAGCAUCUCCCCGAAAGCAGAGAUGCCCACCGAGGGUAUGAGCAUCUGCAUGAGCCACCGGACCUUCGUGCCUCUGCCGCCCAUCUGCUCCGACUCCACCGUGCAGAGUGAAGAGACCACGUCCCCCCAGAGUGACGCCGCCGGCCGCGCCAGCCCCGAGCACAUCUCAGAGGACGACACCAAGAGCACCGAGUCCUUCUUCCUGACCCAGGUGAGCAGGCUGCCUUCCUCUAUUCUCCGGAGGGGGACCUCAGAGAGCACCUCCCCCAAAUCACCCCAAGAGCUAAAGACAAAGAAGGCUUCGUCUGCCUCCCUCCCCAGCAAGUACCGGGGCUACGAGGAGCUGCUUUCAGCCAAGUCGGAUCCCACCUUCCCGGAGCCCAAGGGCAUCCAGAAGAACACGCAGGCGCUGCAGCGCAUGCUGAAACACCCCGCCGUGUACCGCUCCAACAGGCCCAAGCUGGACCCCCUCCAGAAGCCCUUUGUCCCCAAGGAGAGAAAGGCCCAGAGGGUCCCUUUGCCGCCCCCCCGGAAGACUCGGGCGCAGCUGCUGGAUGAGCUCCUCAUCCGCAUGCGGGACCCCCGGAACAUCACAGAAGCUCCACUAGGAGCGAUCCUGCGGCGGCGCACGGAGCAGCGGCUGAUGAACCAGAAGCAGUUCCAGGAGGCCAAGCGGCUGCUGAAGGAGUUCCGGGCCCGCUACCAGCGCCUGGUGCACACCUCGCUGCGCACCGUGUUCCAGAACAGCCAGCCGCAGGCCCGGCACGGGCUGGGCGACGGCCGCAAGUUCGGCCGCUUCCUCGAGUUCAUGGAUGAGUUCUGCCCAGAGGCCCCGGCCGGCGACACCAAAGGCUAAGCACUGCGCACCGGGCCGUGCGUGCUGCCCAGCCUGCGCCCCGACGCCCUCCUAGGGCUCCGCGCCCCCCCACCACCCCCCCCCGGCCGCCGCUGCUGCGGGCCCUGACCUCGCGGGAGCUCGCUGAGGCCUUGCUCGCUGGCCGUAGAGAGUGGGGAGCUCGCCAGGACCACCCUCCCCCGGCCAGGCGGGCCCUGGGCCUGGGCUAACGGCAAUAAAGAGUGGGUGCCUAGCGCUAGAGUCCUUGUGUUUUUCUUGGUCUGGCUGCCGCCCCAGAACCCAUCCCUGCCCAAAGCCUGUCCCCAGAGUCCGGCGGAGAACCUUUGGCAAAGGUGGGGGUAGGGGAGCGCAGUUGCUCCCACUUCCUGGGGAGCAGGGCAGGCCCGGGAUUGGGUAGAAAACGGGGGUGGGUGGAACCAAGAAGUAGCUGGGUUCCAAGGGCGCCCGUUCUCAAGGGUGGCCGGGGGUGGGGGCCCAGUGUAGGCUCCAGACAAGGGGUGUCCAGGCCCCAGCAGGGCCGCUUUCCUGUUGGAUGUCCCUCCCUGUGAGGGCAGGUGGGACGGGAGGGGGCGUUUCUCCGUGCUGCCGGGAAUCAGUUAGCAGACGCCUGACUGUAGGGUCAGCCUACAGGGCAGCCCCAUGCCUGUGUGAGGAACCGUCGACCCUGGGGCGGGGCUCAGGAUGUGUCUGUGGGGGCGGGGCUGCUGUGACCUGGUGGCCUGGGUGUGGCAGGAAGAUUAUGGAUCCUCAGCAAGGCACAGACCCCCACCACCUAGCGGCCACUUGGGUGAGCAUAGAAAUGGAAGUCCGUGGCCACAGUGAUUGCCUGCUACUCUCCACAGCCCCCCAGACUCACGUGGCCUGCCCAGUGUCCCCACUUGUACCAAGGAGCUCGGCCCCCCAAGAAACAUUGACUCUUGUGGGGACAGCUAUUGGCAGUUCUUUUUCCGAGCAGACAAAAUUGCUUGAUAAGUUCCUUGGUCUUAGCUCUGCUGCUUUAUGGCUCCGCGUGCACCUGCUCAGCCUAGGCCCACCAUACCGCCACCCGAGGAGGAGCAUCCUGGGAAAGUGGCCCCCGCCAGCUUUUGGCUGGUUUAUUUUGAGCCACACCAGUUGGUGCUCAGCUGCUGUUGGUGGUGGUGCUUGGGGAGGCAGGCAUGCCCGAAUGGGUUCAGGGCCUCCCCCGGACAAAGCGUGCUCCCUGCCCGGCCCUUUGAGCUCUGUCCUCAGCCUCCAUGGAGCUCUGACCCGCACACAAGUGUCACCAGAACUGCUUUCCCUUCUUAUCUGGAAACUGCCCUGGUGUCUGAUGCAGGAUUCUCACAUUCAUCACCGGAGUUUCAGACCCGAGCUCCAGGCUGCCGGGAUCCUGUGGAACUCGUUUUCCCUUCCUGGAGGCUGCUGACAGUGAGAGAGGGGCUGAAAACCCCCAGAGGGCUGGCCCAGGCCCCUCGCAGACCUCCAAAUCACGGACACGUCAAAAUCCCAGAAAGCAACUGAAAGGCUCCCCAGUGCCAGCAACUCUGCUGCUUCGCUGCUCGGUGGGGGACUCAGCCUCCCUCCGGGCCCUGUUUUAGCAACGGGUGGAUUUCCCAUUUGAUGCUCCAGGGCCCAGGGGUUCUUCCCCUGCAGUUCUCAGCCCAGCAGACCAGAGGCGCACUGUGAGGGUCCUCGCCGCAAGGGAUCCCCCAGGGUGUGCCUGGCCUGCUCCAGGGACGGGGACUGUGUGAUGCUGGGAUCACACUGACUCUGCCAUGCCACAUUCCCAUCACUCCCCACUCCCUUUCCAGGUCUUACUGAGAAGACCUCGAUAAAACUACAGAGACUUGACCAGCUUUUGUUUUGCCUCAGCUAUGCCCUGGGACUCUCUUCCCACAGAAUGGGGGUGUUCUUUCCCCAUGAUGCUCUAUGACCCUCGGGGCCUGCAUCCCUCCAAGAUCUGAUGGUACCCUGUCACGGGGUCAAAAAGUCAAGUGUACUGAAUGAAUGAAUGAAUGAAUGAAUGAAUGAAUGAAUGGAAUGGAAAUAGGUCGGGCCAGCUGUCGGAAUGCACACAGCGCUGGUUUAGGGCAUUAGAAGCCAGUCCUGGCAUGUUCCAACAGGCACUGUCCGGGCACUGCCUUAAAACCACCACAUCUCUGGGCUGGCGUGUUGGCCUGGCAUCCAGCUGACCCUGGCUGGACACCCAGUCUUCUGGGCACCUCCAGGACCCUAAGGUCUGUAAGGUAUGCCCCCCUCCAAAAUAAACAAAACCACUGUGUUCCUAUCAAACAGAAACCCACUCUGGCCUGCACACCUUUGAGGUGGUGCUGCAGCCUGGACUCCCCAUCUGCCCCG